UUCACGAAUAACUUUCUCGGACUCGGUACUGUAACUCCUUUGCUUGUCGCGUUCACCCAGCACGAUUCUUCCCUUGACAACAAUGUUGCGAGACGACUCUGCGACCGAAUAAAGUACAGAAAGAGCGCUUGUAUCCCGCUUAUUUCUACGUUGUGUGGCUUAACCUACCUCUAACGAUCCCCUAUCCACCGUACCUCCGCAGCUGUCGACGUUCCUCCUUCAGAAUGGCUCCAAGUCUACCGCAGUUUUCUGCGGCUCGAAUGCGAUCGUACAUUUUCCGGCUCCCUUUGUUCACUCGCGCCAUUAUAUUCGUCAUAGUAGCUUUAUGGCUUCUUAGUAUACAGUCAGUCUGGGAUGUGCAGCAAUGGGGGGCUUUAAUACCGAUGGAAAUUGGUCUAAACACCAUGUAUCGAACGAAUACUUUCCCCCUGGUUCAUGCCGGCUUCUUCCACGCAUUCAUGAAUAUUAUUGCUUUGACCCCGUUAUUGGAAAGAUUCGAGGCAGAAUACGGAACCUUGACUACUUUGGCCCUGUUCCUCGGUCCUUUAUCCACUAUCCCGGCCCUGUUAUAUACAUUUGUUGAGAGGGGCAUCUUACACAUGAACACGACAGUCCUCGGUGCCAGCAUUUGGGUGUUCACCCUGCUUGCGAUGGAGGCCGUCAAGACAUACAAAUCAAACCCGUAUUUCAUGCUUGGUGAUAAUAAAAUACCCACCUGGACAACGCCUCUUAUACUGGUACUAUUUGUUUCAUUCCUGAUCCCGAAUACCAGCUUUCUCGGCCAUGUCUGUGGACUCCUUUUUGGUUAUGGAUGGGCGCUCGGGUAUCUCAAGUUUCUCGCACCACCAGAGAAGAUUCUUAGGUGGAUUGAAGGCAAGAUGAAUCUAUUAGGAAGGCUGCCGCACUAUGUGUCUGUUGACCAAAAAACAUAUGGGCGGUUUGGGGUACUUCCCAGCAAUACCCCAACCCUGUCAGGGGCAGUGGAAAGUCCGAUUGCCAUGAGCUAUGUUGGGAGCUCGCAACGAUUAGGACCAUGAAAAUUGACGAUAUUCCGGGGAUUGAAUCAUGUCAUUUCUCCUGUACAAAAUCUUGCAUGAAUAGGCGUUUGGGA